CACAUUUAAUUUUCCGCCGACGUUUGUUUAUUUCGACCAACCUGGAUUAUCUUGUGAUUAGUAAUAAGGAGUCACUAUAAUCCAAAAGGUUACUUCUGAAAUAUGCUGUAUUGCGGUGCAUCAAAUCAAUCGUAAGGCGUUGCAACUUCUUCGCCAACCAGGUGCUGAGGGUCCUGCAAUCCAUAAAUGCACGGAAAUUACUACGCUCUGAAAUGGUCUUUGGACGUCAUGGUUGUGAAAUGGUAGGUGAGUCGGGUUAUCAACUUAGGAAUUUGCCAAACAACCGCUCUAAGCGUAACGUAGGUAUCGACUGUGACUCCAAUACCUGUGUGCGUCAAGCUAAGCGUCCACGGCGAUCUGACUCGACCUCAUCGCAUAAAGAGAACAAUGGCCUCUGUUCGGCACCGAAAAACAGUUCCCCAUCUAGAUCUAGAGUACUUCCAUUAAGGAGCAUCCAUCCAAUGAAUACAAUAAAUGAAUCUACAAAUGUCUCAACGCUUGUUCGAAGACUUAAAGUACCUGGAGAUUCAAGUGAAACUACUACCCGGCUAACACGUUCGUGUAGUGUCAAAACAAGUCCAGUUGCCAUUCAAAAACGUACUUUGCGAAGCAGUCACCGACGCAGCAUUCAAACUACUCCGAAUGCCAUAUUACAGGUUAGGCUGGAACGUUUCCCAGUUCAGUCUUGUUCUUGUAUACAGUCUGACUCAGUCGUCGGUUCGUGUAGUAGCAGUUUGGCGGAUGGAUCACAGACAGAAACAAAAGCUUCAAGAGAGUUGCUACCCUUGUUCUCUCCAAGAAGGUUUAGUUCAGUUGGAAAAGAUCAGGCAGCUAAGCUAAAGCGAUUAAACAGAAGGCGCAUGGAGUUCGACGUUCAAGAAUUAGGCCAGUCUUUUGGCUGCGGUCUUUCUCCUGCAUCCUCCGAUUCACUACUUAAUCAAUCUGUAGUGGGUGAUCCCCUGGAAAAAUUAUUGCGGUUAUGCGGUCAAACUGAGAUCAAGUCAUUCGAUGAAUAUUUUGACCACACAAUAAUUGAAAGUAUGGUGAAAAUUGGCGAGGGUGUAUAUGGUGAAGUAUUUCAGUCACCAAAAGGCAAUGUGGUCAAAAUCUUCCCUGUGGAUGGAGAAAAUCUUGUCAAUGGUGAGAAGCAAAUGAAAUUUGGAGAAGUUUAUCCUGAAGUAUUCGUAUCGCAGAAGUUAAGUGAGCUUGCAUACAAGUAUCGACGUAACCGGUCAGUCAAUUUUGCUCAACUAAAGAGAGCAACUGUUGUUCGAGGAAAACUACCUAAGGCUUUAGCUUCAAGUUGGAGAAAAUAUGAAAACCAACGGGGUUCAGAUAACGAAUGUCUGGACUUCUUACCUGCUGAACAACAAUGGAUGGUUUUAGAGUCUGAAUUCGCUGGAGAACCACUUUCCAAUGUACGAUUCAACACUUGUCGUGAAGCUCGUUCUGUGAUUGAACAGAUAGCAUUGUCCUUGGCUGCCGCUGAAUCUGCUCUUCAAUUUGAACAUAGAGACUUACAUUGGCAUAAUGUAUUGGUCCGACCUACUAGACAAUGGAAACUGCGCUAUCGUGUUGGGGGAGUGAGUUAUGCCGUUUUCACUGAAGGAAUACAAGUUACAAUAAUUGAUUUCACAGUAUCCCGUCUUUGUCAUGAAGGCAACAUUGUUUACGUUGAUAUGUCAGAGUCACCAGAAAUUUUUGAGUGUGAAGGGGAUUAUCAAUUUGACAUUUACCGUAUAAUGCGCAAAAACAAUGGGUAUGCUAUAAGUGACAUAUUUGUUUUCAUACGUUUUUUUUAAAAGUGAAAAUCAUUUCGUCGUAUAUUUAUAUGCAUAACUUCCCAGAGUUAGUGGGCAUGUAGGCUUCGUAAUACUUUCUUAGUAUCCAGUGAUGGUAGCCAUUAAUGCAUUUGUUACAAUUGGAUGAGCACUCCACCCCGCGAUACAUCUAUUUAUAAACCUUCAGAAGUCAUAAAUUAGUGGAAACAGACUAGUUAUAAACCAUUUGAUUUGGGAGCUAUACACUAAACGUGUGCUAAAAACUCAGUCCCAAUGAUCCAUAAAUUUGUUACGACUAGGUAUUGUUUCCAAGUUACGUCUCACGUCUUGAAAUUCACCGUAUAUAUGGUGAACACAAAAUAUUUCAAACAUAACAUAGAAAAGACUAGAUAUUGGAAAAGUGAAGAUUCCGUGAUUCAGCGUCUAAAGGGGAUACAAGGAGUUGAUACACUUGGGCCAUUACGAACAAUUCUGAGCCAUGUCACUCGGAGUCUGCACUUGGGUCAGUCCGAAUAUCGACGGCUUAAUGGAAUCGUUCAACGUCAAGGUAAGUAAUAGUUGAACACAUGUCCCAACCACGUCAGUUGAUGAAGAUUUACUACCUCUUUAAUUGAUUUGCCAUCCUCACCUAGUACCAUAUUCCCAAGUCAGGAAUCGUCUACUCGGUGGUCCCGAAAUACACGGACAAUACUUCGCAGACACCUAUGGUCGAAUACCCGUAGCCUACGAAGAUCUAUUUUUAAUGGCCAUGUUUCACACCCAUAAAGUAGAACGAAGCAAACUACUGCACUAUAAACUGGUUCUUUGGUUGGCAAACGAAUACCUUGCCUACUCCACUAGUGGCGCAAGUUGGCUAAGACCAAUCGAGCUCCCUGAAUUCGUACCAAGAUUUCGUCAGACACCAGACCAUCAGGAACAAUAAAACUUCCAAGAUAAUUGAAGCGGUCGAUGUACUCAACCACUUCACUUUCUAUCAUAAGUUCAAGCGCCGAUGCAGGUCAAUCCUAAAGCAACAUUCUGCAUUUUGGAGGUGAGAAUCUCAUCUCAAACAUGCUUGCAUUGUUGUUUAGUGGUCAAAAGGCUGCAUUUUGUCAGCGUCUGCACCAAGUAGAACUAUAUCGCCUGUGUACUUUAAGUCAACAAGUGAAUCUUUUAGUAAAAGAUCGACCUUUGGGAAGUCUGACAAUGAGUGCGUUAACUCUAAAGGGAUGUAUGUGACAAAGUUAAAUAAAAGUGGGGAAAGCAGACAACCCUGAUGAACACUUGAAGUUAUCGACUCCGAUAAGAGUUCCCCAUAGAUUUCGACUCGACCAGUAGUGUUAGAGUAGAGAGCCUGCACAAGGUUGGCGUAAUUGUUUGAUCAACUCUCAAUGACAGACAGUAGUAAAGAGCCUCACAAUCAACAGUCAAAUGUUACCUUAAGGUCGAGGAAUAUAGUUAUUGUCGGACGUCGAAAAAUAUAUCUAUUUUCUAGAACCAAUAUACUUAAAAGUUCCAGGAGUAUAUCUACCAGGCCUUCCUGGUCUCCCUCUCUUUAGAUUGCCUAUAGCAUUUUCAACCUCACUAAAGGUUGGAGGACCUACAUCAAUUCACCAUUUAGACUGCUUGGAGACUGCGUAAUCGAAGUGUGACUGAAGGAAUGAUUGGCGCCCCUUUCAUCCAAGUUCCAAUCUUUAUUGGCUUCAUUACCUUAUGGGAAAACUUUUAAACGAAACAUCUUAUCCCAGACGUGAUCCUGAUUCUCAACCUGUGGAAUCUGAACUGCGCGCAUUAUAUGACAUGAUACUAGCAGGUGAUUAUAAUUCUGCCACACAACUUGUGAGCUCAAGUUUCUACUUCGAUGCUUGUCGAAUCGGUUAACAGGAACUUGACGAAUUUCCCAAAACGUCUGAGAUCGUUCCUAUUUAGAUUCUUUCCGCCUUCUAAUCUUUCAUACGAAACUCUACCGUUUUGUUUUGAUAAAUGAUAUGUGUAAAGUAGAACUCUUCCCAUUCACAUUGAGGAACGUUAGCUUUUUGAGAACUCGUAUUAUGAAGUUCGAUAAUUUUAGAGCAAUUUUUCCGGUUCCUUGACAUUUGUUUUAUGUUUGUGGUUAGUUUUGGAUAUUUUUAUAGAUCUCGUUUCGAAACCGCUUUUGUAUGAUCAAAUAUUCAUUUGUCAGGUUACUUUCGUUUGGUUACGAGUGUUAGCCCUUCCGCUGACUUCCACUUAUCAUGCCACAACUGGAUAUUUGGUUUGGCGGCUUUUCACUCUGACCUUAUGGAACGGCACACAUUUUCUUGCUACUACUUGAAGUUAACCAACUAUUUGUACUUCCUUAAAAUACAGCAGAUCAAUAGAGGCGUACAACGCCCACUGAGCCGAA